UUCGUCAACCAAUCUCCCUUUUCAUCUCUCCCAAAAUGGGUAGCCGGAAAGAUGAGAUCUCUCCAACUUCCGGCCUCCAAAUUCCGUUAAUUAAUCCCCACAACCGCAAAACCAACCAUUUUCCUUUUCUCUGUUCACUCAUCGCUUCCAUGGCUUCCAUUUUGGCUGGUUACGAUAUCGGUGUCAUGAGUGGAGCUGCAAUCUUCAUCAAAGACGACUUCAAAAUCUCCGAUGUACAAGUCGAAGUUCUUGUCGGAAUUAUCAAUCUCUAUUCAAUUCUCGCCGCCGCCGCUGCCGGCAGAACCUCCGAUCGUAUUGGCCGCCGUUACACAAUUGUUCUCGCCGCUGGUUUCUUCGUUGUCGGCGCCAUUCUCAUGGGGUUCGCCCCAAAUUAUGCUUUCUUGAUGUUUGGCCGAUUCUUCGCCGGUGCCGGCAUCGGAUGUGCCCCGUUGGCUGCUUCUGUCUACACCGCCGAGAUUUCUCCGGCAUCCUCUCGCGGUAGCUUAUCUACUCUUCAAGAGGUGUUAAUUAAUUUGGGUAUUUUACUUGGAUAUGUUUCAAAUUACGCAUUCUCCAAGCUUCCCAUUCAUCUGGGGUGGCGAUUUAUGCUUGGAAUUGGUUUGGUUCCGUCGUUGUUUUUGGCCGUCCUCGUGAUUCUGGUGAUGCCUGAAUCGCCACGGUGGUUGAUAAUGCAAGGCCGUGUUGGUGAAGCGAAACAAGUCCUCAUCAAAACCUCUGAUUCCAUCGAAGAAUCUUUACACCGCCUCGCUGACAUAAAAAGCGCCGUAGGAAUUCCACCGACUUGUGAAAACGACAUCGUUCAUGUCCCAAAACUUAGCAUUCACGGCAGUAGCAUUUGGAAAGAGCUCUUCCUCCACCCCACGCCGGCCGUUCGUCACAUCAUAAUCACCGUAGUGGGUCUCCAUUUCUUCCUAGAAUCCACCGGCACGGACGCCGUCCUUCUGUACAGCCCAAGAAUCUUCGAAAAGGCCGGAAUCACAUCCCCCGACCAAAAACUUGUAGCAACGGUGGGAGUGGGCCUAACAAAGACUCUUUUCGUCUUGAUGGCGACCGUGUUAUUGGACCGAAUCGGACGACGACCGUUAGUUCUAACGAGCAUUGCAGGACAAACGAUAUCGUUAAUGGUUUUAGGAACAGGGCUGACGAUAAUGGAGAAGUCGGAGGAGCGAAUGAGGUGGGCAGUGGGGAUGUGUAUUGCCACGGUGUUAUCGGACGUGGCGUUUUAUUCAAUUGGGAUGGGGCCCAUGGCGUUCGUCAGCUCAGAGUUUUUUUCGUUGAAACUACGGGCUCAAGGGAUGAGCGUGGGGGUGAUGGUGAAUAGACUAGUAGGAGCAAUAGUUACAAUGACGUUUUUGUCACUGUCUAGUGCUAUUACUAUUGGUGGGGCUUUCUUCUUGUACGCGGGUACUGCGUUGCUUGCUUUGGUGUUUUUCUAUGUUGUGUUGCCGGAGACAUAUGGGAUGAAUUUGGAAAAUGUUGAGGGGGUUUUUGGUAAUUUGACAUGGAAAUUCUCAGCUAACGAGUAGGAUUAUUAUGAUACUAUCUAUAUAAUGAUGUGGUGGAAGUGAAUGCAAAGUGAUGACUAUGAUUGAAGAUUAAAAAGUGUGGAUAUGUUGCUUUUGAAAUAUCUCUAAACAUAUACUGCACUGUUGAUUGUUGGUUAGUCUAUUUCAAUUAGGUAUCUUCUUUUUGCCGAUGAUUCAUACCAAGACAAAAUUGAGAUCACUGGAAGUUGAUUAGUUGGCGUGGACAAAAUCAAACUUCUGCUAUUGUUCGUAAUGAAUUUUUCAAGAUACAUAUUUAUAGUUGUAUUCUGUCAUGAUUUUUUAAGGUUUAGUUUUUGUUGUGAGAUUUUAGACAAAUAUGUAAGAUCUUUUCUUAAUA